UUUUUUUCUGUCUCCCUCCAAACUCCAAUCGAUUAUUCUCUCUCUGUCGCCCGCUCUCUCCGGCUGAAAGAUCUCCCCGUAUCUCUUUUAUUUCCCUUUCUCCUCUAUUUCUUCUCCCCCCUAAUCUCCUUUCCUCUCUUCUUCUUCUUCUCCAUUUUUUCCCUUUCCCUUCCCAAUUUCAAUUGUUGUUUUUUCCCCUCUUUCUUCCCACCUCCUGUCGAGCGAGAUUGGGGUCCUGCUCGGGGGCAGCUAACAAUGUCGCCGGGCGUGAGAGACCUGCAGCUGGCUCGAGUCGCCGGCGGAGGCGACGCUGAUUCCGGUGACAUGGAGGACGUAAGGCUCCUGGACUCCUACGAGCAUCGGGAGUCCGAUGAUGCGAUCGAGGCGGGGGAAGGCGAGAAGGAAGGUGGGGGGAGGAUGAGGAAGAUUCAGGUCAGAAUUACCGGGAUGACCUGUGCUGCUUGUUCCAAUUCCGUCGAAUCAGCUCUCAGGAGCAUCAAUGGCGUCGUUUCGGCCUCUGUCGCGCUGCUGCAGAACAGGGCCGAUGUCGUGUUUGACCCCAGCUUGGUCAAGGAUGAUGAUGUCAAGAAUGCAAUUGAAGAUGCAGGGUUUGAUGCAGAGGUUCUGGCUCAACCUACUACAAUGAAGAAAAAGUCGAACAAUAAAACCCUGGUGGGUCAGUUCACAAUUGGAGGUAUGACUUGUGCAGCCUGUGUGAACUCAGUUGAAGGUAUUUUGAGAGAUCUUCCUGGCGUUAAGAGGGCUGUUGUGGCCCUGGCUACUUCUUUAGGGGAAGUUGAGUAUGAUCCCACGAUAAUUAACAAGAAUGACAUAGUGAAUGCCAUUGAAGAUGCUGGUUUUGAAGGGGCACUUGUACAGAGCAGUCAGCAGGACAAAAUUAUAGUGGGAGUUAGUGGAGUAAUGACUGAGAUGGACGCACAACUCUUGGAAGGAAUACUUAGCACAUUGAGAGGGGUUCGGCAAUUUCGUUACAACAGGAUAUCCACUGAACUUGAAGUUCUUUUUGACCCUGAAGUCAUUAGCUCUAGAUCCUUGGUUGAUGGUAUAGAGGAAGGGAGCAAUGACCAGUUCAAAUUACACGUUAUUAACCCAUAUGCAAGAAUGACGUCUAAAGAUAAUGAGGAAGCAUCCAAUAUGUUCAGACUUUUCAUUUCCAGCUUGCUUUUCAGUAUUCCCGUCUUUUUCGUGAGAGUGAUAUGCCCUCAUAUACCACUGCUAUAUUCUGUGCUACUCUGGCGUUGUGGACCGUUCCUCAUGGGGGAUUGGUUGAAUUGGGCAUUGGUGAGUGUGGUUCAGUUUGUAAUUGGGAAGCGCUUCUAUAUAGGAGCUGCAAGAGCUCUUAAAAAUGGUUCAACCAAUAUGGAUGUGUUAGUUGCACUUGGAACUUCCGCCUCAUAUGUUUACUCUGUUUGUGCCCUUCUAUAUGGUGCUGCCUCUGGGUUCUGGUCUCCUACCUACUUCGAAACAAGUUCCAUGCUGAUAACAUUCGUAUUAAUGGGGAAGUAUUUGGAAUGUCUUGCAAAGGGGAAAACAUCUGAUGCCAUCAAAAAGUUGGUAGAACUUGCACCAGCAACUGCAUUGCUGGUUGACAAAGACAAUGGUGGAAAUGUGCGAGAAAGGGAAAUAGAUGCCUUACUGAUUCAGCCUGGUGAUACUUUAAAAGUUAUUCCUGGAGGAAAAGUUCCGGCAGAUGGCGUUGUUGUAUGGGGUUCAAGUUAUGUUAAUGAGAGUAUGGUAACUGGAGAGUCGGAGCCUGUCCUCAAGGAGGCUACUUCAUCAGUUAUUGGUGGCACUAUUAACUUACAUGGUGUGCUACAUGUAAAAGCCACUAAAAUUGGAUCUGAUGCUGUUCUGAGCCAGAUAAUUAGUUUGGUUGAAACAGCACAGAUGUCCAAAGCUCCAAUUCAGAAAUUCGCAGAUUUUGUAGCUAGCAUUUUUGUCCCUACAGUUGUUGCCAUGUCUUUGAUUACAUUAUUAGGCUGGUACAUUGGUGGAACUAUAGGAGCUUAUCCUGAAACGUGGCUUCCGGAAAAUGGCAAUUUCUUUGUCUUCUCUCUCAUGUUUUCAAUAUCAGUGGUGGUAAUUGCAUGUCCAUGUGCGCUUGGGUUGGCAACACCAACUGCAGUGAUGGUUGCCACUGGAGUUGGGGCUAAGCAUGGUGUGUUGAUAAAAGGAGGAGAUGCUUUGGAAAGGGCUCAAAAGAUUAAUUAUGUGAUAUUUGAUAAAACUGGAACUUUAACUCAAGGGAAAGCAACUGUCACCACUGCAAAAGUUUUCACAGGAAUGGAUCGUGGAGAAUUCCUCAGAUGGGUGGCCUCUGCCGAGGCCAGCAGUGAGCAUCCAUUGGCAAAGGCAAUAGUGGAGUAUGCACGGCACUUUCAUUUCUUUGACGGGCCUUCUCCAAGAAAGGACGGCGAAAACCAUAAUAAAGAUUCAACAAUGUCCGGAUGGCUUUUAAAUGUCUCAGAUUUCUCUGCUCUACCUGGGACUGGUGUCAAGUGCUGUAUAGAUGGCAAACGAGUCUUGGUGGGGAAUCGGAAGCUCAUGGCUGACAAUGGCAUUGAAAUCUCAGCUUAUAUCGAAGACUUUGUGGUAGAACUUGAAGAUUCUGCAAAGACGGGCAUACUUGUUGCAUUUGAUAACAAGCUGAUUGGCGUUCUGGGGGUCGCGGAUCCUUUGAAGAGAGAAGCGGCUGUUGUUGUGGAAGGCCUUCAAAAGAUGGGCGUCGAACCAGUCAUGGUCACUGGAGACAACUGGCGGACAGCUCGGGCAGUAGCAAAAGAGGUCGGGAUUAAAGAUGUAAGAGCAGAAGUUCUGCCAGCAGGCAAGGCCGAUGUGGUCCGCGCAUUUCAAAAGGACGGAAGCACGGUCGCCAUGGUUGGCGAUGGCAUAAACGACUCCCCUGCCCUGGCUGCAUCGGAUGUCGGAAUGGCCAUUGGUGCGGGGACAGAUAUAGCAAUAGAAGCUGCCGAUUACGUGCUGAUGAGGAACAACUUGGAGGACGUAAUCACUGCCAUCGAUCUGUCGAGGAAAACGUUUGCUCGUAUCCGGCUGAACUACAUGUUUGCGAUGGUGUACAAUGUGGUGGCGAUACCCAUAGCCGCGGGAGUGUUCUUCCCUUCUCUGAGGAUCAAGUUACCGCCGUGGGCAGCCGGUGCCUGCAUGGCGCUUUCGUCGGUGAGCGUCGUUUGCUCUUCUUUACUUUUGAGACGAUACAAGAAGCCCAGACUCACCACGUUACUGAAGAUUACUGUAGAGUAGAUGAACACGAGUAAUGUAAAUAAACAUUGUGAUGUUGUAAUGAAUUGUUACAACAAAAUGGGGGAAAAGAUGUUGUAAGGAGGGAAAAGUUUGGGAGGGUUCUGGGGGGAUUCCAAAUUUUGUACAAUUUUCAUUUUUUGGUUUCUUACAGUUAAGCCUAAGUUUAGCCUUUCUAAGCUUUGCCGUUGUAACAUACCGCCCCAUUGAUGAAAUGUUGUAAAGGGGAGCCUGAGUCUCUUACUAUGUGUGUAAUUCUGUUGUAAUGAUAUCAUCGUCUAGCUUCUUGCUUGCGUAUUCAUUCUUAUGUAAGUGAUUAAUCUUCUGCAAGCGAGUCCUGUUUCUAUAUUUAAC